UGCUCCUGAUUGGCUCGCCAGAGACGCCCAGUGUUUGAAGGACAUGGAAUUGGUCGACUGAUACAUAACGAGGACGUAUGCUACUUUAGGUUGUUUCUCUUCCCCCACUCUUUCUGUCUCAGGUCUGGAUGCUGCAGGCUGUGUCCAGGCUGAGUAGAGCAGCGGUGCGUGUGAGGAGAGUGGCCGCCCAGGUCCAGGUCACCACGGCAACCAUGGCCCAGAACCACCAGAGCUGCGGUAACUCCUGUCAACAGAAGGGGGGUGCUGUCACAGCAGCCAUCCUCAUCAUCGGAGACGAGAUACUCAAGGGUCACACAGUGGACACUAACAGUGCCUUCCUGUCGCGAGCGCUUAGGAAGCUGGGAGUGUGUGUCCAGCGUGUUACAGUCAUCCCUGACCAGCAGGAGGUAAUCUCUAAGGAGGUGGCCCUCCUGGCCCCACAGUACACACACCUGCUCACCUCUGGGGGAAUAGGCCCCACCCACGACGACGUCACCUUUGAGAGCGUUGCCAUGGCGUUCGAGGAGGAACUGCAUGCCCACCCGGAGCUGACCCGUUUGGUGGAGGAGUUCUUUGGGGUGGUGGAUAGGGAGAGUGCAGCCAUGAAGCUAGCCAUGGUCCCCCGCUCGGCCAAGCUCAACUACGGCACUGACCCUCAGACUGGACAGCCACUACGCUACCCACUGGUGAGUGUGCGUAACGUCUACAUCUUCCCUGGGAUCCCGUCUCUGUUGGAGAGAGCCUUCAACGGUCUGGAGCACCUGUUCGCUGGCUCAGGGACCACCUUCCACACACGAGAGGUGUUUGUGGAUGCAGACGAGGCGUUGAUCGCCCCGGUGCUGACCCGUCUGCAGGCUGGCUGGGGGAAGAGGGUGGCUCUGGGCUCCUACCCUGACUGGCUCAGUAACUACCACCGGGUCAGGCUGGUGCUGGAUUCCGACAGCUCUGAGGAGGUGGAGAAGGCCCGGGCUCAGCUGCUGGAGGAGCUGCCCAAAGGCAGCGUGGUUCCCCUGGUCACGGACCCUGUGUCCAUCGCUACUGAGGAGGUCUACACACUGGCCAACAGUGGCACUCCGCUGGGUGAUAAAGUGGCAAACGCUCUGAAGACCAUAGAGACUGCUCUGGAUCAGUAUUCGUCAGGGGAGAUCUGUGUGGGCUUCAAUGGAGGCAAAGACUGCACUGCUCUACUACAUCUAUAUUACGCUGCACUGAAACGGCGGUAUCCGGAGGGUAAGGACAAGGUAAAGGCUCUGUACAUUCGCAUCGUCUCUCCCUUCCCAGAGAUGGAGAGAUUUCUCCAGGACACAAUAAAGAGGUAUGACCUGGAGAUUUUCUCAGUGGAGGGCAGUAUUCGGCAGGCGUUAAGUGAGGUACAGGAGAGGAGGCCGGAGCUCAGAGCUGUGUGUAUGGGCACCAGGAGGAGUGACCCCUACUCACACACGCUCACCCCCAUGUGUCUCACUGACCCUGGAUGGCCGGACUACAUGAGGGUCAACCCCCUGCUGGACUGGACGUAUCAUGAUAUCUGGUCAUUCCUGAGGACUCUCUAUGUGCCCUACUGUAUUCUCUAUGAUAAAGGGUACACCUCAUUGGGCAGCAUGGACAACACCUGCCGAAACCCCGCACUCCAAGUGGUGGAUGUGAGGGGCGUGAGCCGCUAUAGACCUGCCCACCACUUGGAGAAUGAGGAAAUGGAGCGCGACUCGCGUGAAUGAUGUCACUUCCUUGUUUGUAUCAUUAUGUCCUGACCGUUUACCUGCCCCUCCUGAUUGGGGCUCCGGGUAAGAGAUGCUUAUAGGGACAGAUCUAGGAUCAGCAUACCCUCCUCAAAUCCCAACCUUAACCAUUAGACAAAACUGAACAUACAUGCAACUUCUUCUGAAGAGAGGAAGGGAUGAAGGAGGAUGAGGGAAGUGGAGAGAGAAAGAAAGAGGGAACAGACAAAGAACCAGAGACUGAUCGCAGAAUGAGUGCAUUGUGAAGGAAAAGUGUGCCUGUUUGAGUGGAAAGUGUGUAUGUGUGUGUCUGAAUGUGUGUGUGUAUGUCUAUGAGUGGCUUAGAAUCUAAUGAUAUGGAUUUACAUGGUUUGCAAUAAAAUAUAAAUCUGUCACACA